CUUGAUGUCUGCUAACCCUCAACCUUGUCCUUCAUAUUAAUUGCUUCUUAUACAUUAUCAAACCUUACUCUCCAUUGACAAAACCUCAUCCUCUCUGCCUUUUUCUCUCAAGCUUUAGCAAACCAAGAUUCUUUGCUUUUUGGAAUCUUGGAUUCUUGAUUGGUUCUUUCUUUCUUGCUUGCUUUCCAGAUUUCAAUCUUUUUCUUGCUGUCAUGGGCGCCAAAGGGCACAGCCAGAACAAGUUCAUGCGGAUCGUGACGAUUCCGAUUAAAGUACUGGGCAAAGCCAGGGAUCUUUACGUCAAGAGCAUGACAGGGUGCGCAGCGAGAGCCAGCUGCGGCCACUCUAUGUCGCUGCCUAAUGGUCAAUUGCCCAAGAGUUACAGUAUGGGGUCAUCCAUGUCCAACGAUAACGAUGAUUUCAGAGAGCUUAUAAGGGCUGCAUCAGUGAGAAGCCUUGGUCAUAAGAAUGAAGUUGAUAUGUUAUUGCAGCAAAUGAAGCAGAAAUCAGAACAGUUGCCCAAGAGUUGCAGUGUUGGGAUGGGAUUCAUGGGAAGGAUUGACGAGGAGAAGGCAUCUGAAGAAGAAGGCAGUAGCCAUGGUGGAAAUAAGAAAGCAACAAAAGCUGAUCAGUUGUAUCCUCGAAGCAAAAGCUAUGCUGUAGGCAAAACAAGUGUUGCCUUUUGAUUGAUUUGACGAGAAUUCGAGUUCAUGAGAAGCUGAACUUGAAAAUAGCCCACACUCCCUUCGGAGUCUGGCUUUAGUUCCUCUUGAUGCUUGAGAGCAUCUGUGUAAAAAUUUAGCAUUUGUUUUUUUUCUUUUUUUUGUGCAAUUUCAAAUCCAACUUCCAAUUCAAAGCAAUAAAGAUUUCAACCA